AUGGGCUGUGCUAAAGGGAGGGUCUUUGGUAGAUGGGAUAAAUAAGGCAGGAGUCAUAUGCUUCAUGGCUUUUCUAGUCUCUUCUUGCCUUGUCCUGUACUGCAGAAGAGAAAUGGCUACGUCAGACAGGUGACUUACUCUCUUUCAAUUACUAAGCAAUAACUUUGAAACAUUCUAUAUUUCAGAGAUAUUGAUAGUGGACAACCAUGGUUAUUUGAUAGGGAAAAAGGAAUAAAGGGAAUAAAAUGUAAUUUGGUGGUUUAAUUUGAAUGUGGUAAUCUGUAUAAUUGUAGAGUAACAAUUAUUAAAAAGGGAGAAAUGUGUUAAAACGUAUUAUAUAUGUUUACAUAUACAUAUAUGGUGUUCAAAUAUUUUUAUUAAUUUGUUGAAACUGUCAGUUUGUAAAUAAUAAUAAAAAAUAAUAAAUAAUCAUGAGAAAAGGUAUCCAAAUAGUGGUAGUUGUUUAUUGAAACUUGAUUGCAUUAUGGUAAAUGGUCUGCACUUAUAUAUUAUGGUAGCUUGUUUGUCAAUUUAAUUUUUUUGCAUAUUAAAACUGCCUAUAAGUAGUGUAUAUAGCGUAUGCUUAGAAACUGGAGAGAUACCAUUCAAAUAAUAUGCUGGAGGAAUGGGAAUGGGGAUGGAUGCUGUAUGUUGGUGGGUGCAUGUUAUGGAACAUCAGGAGGGAGAGGAAGCGUGUGAAAGACAGAUGGUCACUCAGUGGAGUUGUUCCUUUUUCUCCUCCUGGCAUGCACUCCCUCUUGGAUUCUGUUUCCCUAUGUUGACAGUAAUCCAAUAUGUUACCUGAUGAUGAAAAAUGUUUCUUCUUCUUCUACCUCUUAUAAUAUUACCUGUUGGUUGACACGGCAACUUUUCUGCUGACCAAGACCUCGUUCUAAUCUCAAUCUUCUAAUUUUCUCUUUACUUUCCUGCAGAUCCCUUGAUGAUGACUCUCAAAUUUAAUUCCACUUUAAAAAUCUCCAUGUAAACAUAUAAACAUCACAAUAGUUGCUUUUUAAAAAAACAACAACAUAAAACAUUGAUUGAAGUGGGAGACAAGAGGAAGAGAGAAGCAUUUUAGCCUUUUUGGUUAUUUAAAAAUUUUCACCUAGUUAUUACCGGUGUAUUAAGUGGAUUAACAUAUAUACUUAAACACCAUUUAAGAGCAUGCAUACAGUGUUAGGUUGUCUAUCCACGGGAGUGCCCACUCUUCUUCUGGGCUUAAUUCUGCUGUGGUAUCCCUUGUUGGUUACAAGUCAGAAUGACACUGAGCCUAUUGUACUGGAAGGUAAAUGUUUAGUGGUCUGUGACUCAACACCAUCUUCAGAACCAGCAAAUAAUGCAUUGGGCAUGUCUGUACGCUCAGGCACUGGUCGAGUGGCCUUCUCUGCCACUCGCCAAACCAACCAUGAACCCACAGAUAUGAGCAACCGUACCAUGAUCAUCUACUUUGACCAGAUCUUGGUGAAUGUGGGUGGUCAUUUUGACCAGGAAAGCAGUGUCUUUUUGGCCCCAAGGAGAGGGGUGUACAGCUUUAACUUCCAUGUAGUGAAAGCUUACAACAGACAAACCAUACAGGUGAGCUUGAUGCUUAAUGGAUGGCCAAUGAUUUCUGCCUUUGCUGGUGACCAAGAUGUAACCAGAGAGGCAGCCACUAAUGCUGGAUUGGUGAUCAUGGAGAGGGGUGACAAGGCCUACCUUAAAUUGGAGCGGGGUAAUUUGAUGGGAGGCUGGAAAUAUUCCACUUUCUCAGGCUUUCUGGUCUUCCCCCUAUAAAAAAAAGUGUUCAAAAGGGUUGGCCAGAAAACUAAUAUACAGUAACAGUGGGGUGGAAAAAAAUGUCAGUAUGUCUAAGCAAGCAAGACUAGUAUAAUAGUAGAAUAAUUAUAUUUCAGAUGAUUUGUAAGGCAACAUAUACAAUCUGACGUUAUUUCUAGCAGAGGUUAAUUAACAUUAUAGAUAAAAUCAUUUAAACAAGAUUGCUUCAAUGUGUUUUCUUGUACCGUACUGUGCAAAAAUAAUAGGCACCCUAUUUUUUUUAACACGGAAAGUUGUAUUAGUUAUUUAUUUUAGGACUUCUGCAUUGUUGGACGAGACAAACAACCUUUUAGAUUUCUAAUUUUUUUUUUUGUAAGUUAAAUGUUACAGAAAUUUUUAUAUGUCAGUAAAUUUAGUAAUAUAUUAAGUAAUGGAUGACUUUUCAGACAAAAACAUAGGAAUGUUGGUUGUCAGGUAAUACCAAUGUGUGUGUGUGUGUGUAUAUAUAUAUAUAU